GCUAUAAAAACCCUUGUUUGCGAGGAUUCCGCAGUCCCGUAGCCAGGAGAUUAGGGAUUCUAGAACUAUAGGCCGGGAGUGGGCGAGGGGGGAGGGGAGCAUUUUCCUAGCAAGUCGCACUCGCUCCUUGGGCUUUUCCUCCACCCCAGCUUGACCGCUGUGAUUGCAGCGCCCGAGGCUGGAGAAAUUUGGGAACAUAACUUAGGGUGGAGCCUGGGACCUAAUUCUUCUACCACUAGGGGCAAGCAAGUAACAGCCUCGCCCUAGGCCGACCUUCGGCCUCUCUAGCCAUCAACUCAUAGUCUGGGCCUGCUAGAGGCAAUGAGGCCGGAAAGAGGCGGGGCGGGGAAGAAAGCAAUAUGGACUGUACUAAAUACCCUUGCCUCGGGCACAGAAAGACUAAGGAGGACGGAACCUUUUCUUCUUAUAUUUGUCUGCAGGGAGUCACACCCUCCUCGGAAAGCAAAGGAAAGUAGGAGGUCUAUAUUUUUCUAGACCUCCUACUCUUUGGACCUCUCCUUCCUUUGCUCGGUGUCGACACUUUAUCCCCUCUCCUCCCUCGGUACUUUGGUACGAGCCAUUGCGAGGGGACGAAGGGAGGAAAAGGAAAAGGAAGCGAGCAGGUCUUAAAGGGACCACAGCCAUUUUUAAAAAGCCUCUUUUUCCUUUCUCCAGAUUUAGAAGUAUGAGCGCAGAAGAGUAGGCUCUCGGAAGCUGAGCACAACUGGAUCAGGAGGGACCACUGCUGGAGGCUGCAGCGCCUCCGGGGCGGGCGGAAACGAGGGUCUUCCCAUAGGAAGGGCUGGGUGUACGAGCCUCCUGUGCCCCGCGCACAUCGGGGGCUGCUUAUGAGCAUCAGGGCCAGCAGUGAGCUUUAACAUCUGGGGCCGGCCAGGGGCUGCGGGGUCUUGAGCGCAGUCGGUGGGGCCGGUGUGCCGGGCCGGAGUGUGACGCGGCGCGGCGGGGCUGAGACCGAGCUGGCACUUCCGGAUCCGACCGGGGACAGUAAGGGCACCGCCGCGAUGGCAAGCGAAAAUAUCUUCCUGUUUGUGCCUAACCUAAUUGGUUAUGCCCGGAUUGUCUUCGCCAUCAUUUCUUUCUACUUCAUGCCCUGCUGCCCUCUCACGGCCUCCUCUUUCUACCUGCUGAGCGGACUUCUGGACGCUUUCGAUGGACACGCUGCUCGAAUCCUUAAUCAAGGGACUCAGUUUGGGGCCAUGCUGGACAUGCUGACGGACCGCUGCGCCACCAUGUGUCUACUGGUCAACCUGGCGCUGCUGUACCCUCGCGCCACCCUUCUCUUCCAGCUCAGCAUGAGCCUGGACGUGGCCAGCCACUGGCUGCACCUCCACAGUUCUGUGGUCCGAGGCAAUGAAAGUCAUAAGACGAUCGACCUGUCUGGAAAUCCAGUGCUUCGCAUCUACUAUACCUCCAGACCUGCUCUGUUCACCAUGUGUGCUGGAAACGAGCUCUUCUACUGCCUCCUCUACCUGUUCAGUUUCUCCGAGGGACCAUUAGUUGGCUCUGUGGGUCUUUUCCGAAUGGGGCUGUGGAUCACCGCGCCUGUCGCCUUGCUCAAGUCCCUCAUCAGUGUCAUCCACCUGGUCACAGCGGCCCGCAACAUGGCUGCCCUGGAUGCAGCAGAUCGUGCAAAGAAGAAGUGACCCGAGAACUUCCAGCCCCUGGCUACCCACCUGCCCCGGAGUCUCACUGUGCCACGCGGCUCCCCUCUCCCUCCUGGGAGGUCCAGGCUUGUGUCAUCCUAACGUGUUAUCCAACCCACUGGGAAGGGGGUCAGCCUCUUUAGUGAUGUCAUGUUCUCUGUAAUCCUGAAGGCAAGUUCUACCCCUGGACUCCAAAUCAGGAGGGAUGCUCAGGACCUCCCACCCACAUGGGCAGUGCUUCGGGGGCACCAGGAGGCUUGCCUGAGGACUGGGCAUUUUCAGACGUGCUGGCUUGGCCUUGGGGUCUGGCUUGGCCUGAGACUUCAGGGACACUUGCAUGAGGGAGAUGGGAUAAGGACCAAGUUUCCCGAAAGGCAGGGAAUCAGACCUCUGCCUCUGGCCAGAGGAAGCCAGCGGGUCCUGUGGCUGGGAGACAAGGAGCCAUCUGGAUUCUUCUCCAUUGCAGCGUCCUCUUUCUAAUCCAUCCUAGCUCUGAAAGCCUGAAUAAUAAAGGUAGGGGCUUCACUGUC